AUUGAAUCUUAAAGAAGUAGAAGAGCAGAAAAGUAAUUCCGAAGUCAAAAAUGGAAAUAAUGAUAGUGCCAAAAUUUCUGUUCCUUCAUCUGUUUUACAAUCAAAUUCCACCCCAAACAAUUCUGUUAUUUCUCCUAAACAAAAAAUUAAGAAGAAAAACAAAAUGCCAAGUUCAUUAUCAUGCAAGAAAAAACAACAGAUUAUAAGAGAAGAUAGUUCAAGACCUUUUAAGUGUCCUAUAGAAGGCUGUGAAUGGGCUUUUGGAAAAGAAUAUAGAUUAAAACGUCAUUUAGAAUCACAUGAAGGAAAGAAAAAUUUUAUAUGUGAUCAUGAAGGAUGUAAUAGACAGUUUACAACAAUUUAUAAUCUUAAUGCUCAUAAAAAAUUACAUAAAAGACCUGAUUCUAUUCUGUGUCCUGCAAAAGAUUGUGGACAGUUGUUUCCAACUCGUAGAAAAAUGGAACAGCAUUUAAGUGUACAUAAAGAAGUUCAAGCUCCUUAUAAAUGCCCUUUUCCUCAUUGCGGAAAAGAAUACUAUUCUGCUAAUUCAGUAGCAUCACAUAUUAGAGUACAUAAGUAUAAUGAAGACGAUUUUAAAUGCCCAUAUGAAGGUUGCAGGAAAGUUUUUGAUAAAAUAUGCCGAUUAAAACAACAUGUAAGGUAUCACACUGGAGAAAGACCUUAUGUUUGUGAUUAUGAAGGAUGUGGAUGGACAUUUGUAAAUGCAAGUAAACUUACAAGACAUAUGCAAAAACAUACUGGUGAAAGAAAAUAUGCAUGCUCUGAACCAGGAUGUGGAAAAUCAUUCAUGAGACUUGAACAUUUAAAAGGUCACAUGAUAAUACAUACAGGAGAUAAACCAUUUGUUUGUCCUCAUGAAAACUGUAACGCCAGGUUUGCAGCAAAAUCUAGUUUAUAUGUCCAUAUGAAAAAACAUAGUGGCUCAGUAGAAAAAUUAAUAUAUCCCUGUCCAAUAGCGUCUUGUGAUAAAAAAUACAACUGUAAAGCUAGUCUUAGGCUUCACAUGUUAAAAGUCCAUUCAUCAGUAUUAGAAGGGGGCCAACAGGAUACAGUAACAUUAUUGUCCAGUAAAGAAUUGCAAGAAAUAACAUCAAUGGAUGGUUUAACACAAGAACUUACUAAUACUGUGUCUUUAGUUAAUGCAGUUUCAUUACCAAAUACUUCUGCUACACUUCCUGAAACUACUCUUGUCAGCACAUCAAAUGUUAUACUUUCUGAACCUUUAACUCAAUUACUUGGAGGAUCAAUUACACCUGAUCUUUUAUCUCAACAAUUGGGCAACAAUAUUGCUGCUACACAGUUUAUUAUUCCAGAUUUUGUUGUACCUAAUUCAUCCACUGUUGGAAGCACAAAUGUAUCAACAACACAGACUCUUGGUACCAUUCUAAAUCCAAAUUUAGGAAUAACAGUUUCAUCUAAUGAAUUAGAAUUAUUAGCAUCGUCUCGAAUUCUCCAAGAAAAUAACAGUGGAUCGGCUCGUACCGAUUACUGUAGUAAUCACAUUAUUAGUUCUCGUGCCAAAAAAUGGUGGUUACUGCAGCAGCAAUUGAAAAAUAAUUUGACCAGUACUCCUACUACAUCUACAACAACUGAUAAUCUCUCUUUAUCAGAUGGAAUUAAACAAUCACCAAAUUCCAAUCAAAUUCUGAGAGAUUCUUCGUCAAAUGUUUCUGCCGAUGUGAUGUUGGCUUCCACUCCGUUUACUUAUCGUGAUUCUAUUAGUGGUACACAUUUUAUUCAAACUUACAUACUGCCUGAUGACCCACCACAACCUACAACAAAUAUUUAUCAAGAUGAUCAAAUUCUCACACCCGUCACAACUUCUUCACUCAUAACAGAAUUAUCUGUACCCAUCUCUCUUCUGUCCGAUCCAUCCGUAGGAGACGAAUCUUUAAAUGGUGCUUCCGCGAGCGAUUUUGGAACAACAAGUACAGGUGACACUGAAUUUACAGGAUCCACAAUUAAUUUACAAGAUUUAGAAUGAUAUUGAUGUAGCUUAAUUCUGUACAUAUAUUUUGUAUUAUUUAAAUAAAAUAAAACAACACCUAGACAGUUAA